UGCCCAUGUCCCUGCCCAUAUCCCUGCCCGGAUCCCUGCCUGAAUUCCUGCCUGUGCUCCUCCCUGCCUGCUUGGCUGCCAGCUGCCCGUGCUCCUGCCUGCACCCUUGCCCAUAUCCCUGCCUGCAUCCUUGCUGGUACUGCUCCUGCAGCCUUACCUGUGCCCUUGUUGGUAGCCCUGCCUGUAUCCUUGGGGUUAUCCCUGCCCGCACCCCUGCCUGUGUCCUUGUUGGUGCUCCUGCCUGCCCCCUGCCUGUGUUCCUCCGUGCCUGCCUGCCUGGGUGUCUGCCCUGCCCGUACCCCUGCCUCUACCCUACCCGUACCCCUGCCCAUAUCCCCGACUGCCCUCGUACCCCUGCCCCUACCCCUGCCCGUACCCCUGCCCAUAUCCCCGACUGCCCUCGUACCCCUGCCCCUACCCCUGCCCGCCCCCUGCCCGCCCGACCCGCUGACGGGCUGCCCGCAGUGCUGUCCAAGAACAACAAGCCGAUCCACACGACCAUCCUGAACCCCCACGUGCACGUCAUCGGGGAGGACGCCGCCUGCAUCGCCUACAUCCGCCUCACGCAGUACCUGGACGCGCAGGGCCGCCCGCGCACCAGCCAGUCGGAGGAGACGCGCGUCUGGCACCGCCGCGAGGGCAAGUGGCAGAACGUCCACUUCCACGGCUCCGGGGCGCCCGUCGCCCCCCUCCAGUGAAGGUGAGGGCGGCGGGGGGGGGGGCCCCAUGAGGCCGCCGGCCCCCCCCAAUCUCCCCCCCCCC